CUUUGGCAAUAUCGAUUGAUCGCUAAGUCAAUUUCCAGAUUAAAAAAAUAGUCCUCCUUUAUCGAAUCUCAAUUAUCCCUUUCUCGAGCCGAUGGAAACGAAUUAAUUCAUUGCGGCCUGUCGAUAGCCUUAGCCAGUUGCAACUCUUCCCUCUUCCCAGCCUCUCCCCAUCCUUUCCAAAUUCUGGUUCCCGCCAUUUCUCCGAUCCUUUCCUUAUUACGAUACUUACCGCGUUGCAUCGCGUCGAUCCUUGAAUGAAACCAUUCGACGGAUUGUAUCGCGGCAAACUGAACAACGCACGUAAGAGAAGAGAGGAUCCCGACGUUAUUGAAUCGCGUGGUGAAAUUUAAUUAGAGAGGGCGUUAGAAGGGACUGUGUGCAUUAAUUGUGUUCUGUCUGACGACCUUGCCCCCUUCGCUUGUUAAUCGAGAAUUCCUGUUUGACGUGCACCCCUGUUAACAGGAUUUAGCAUCGCACGUCUAUUGGCCGUCGCGUUUCCGUACGUUAUAGACGUUCUCGUCGUUCAGAUAACGUCUGGACGUCUUCUCGAUACCCCUAUUAUAACUGUAAUUAGGCCACGCAACGACGGAAGCGUUUCCAAGUGAAUCGAUACAAGGUUGGAAUAUGUAAAUACCUGGACAUAACCAACUGACUUGUACCAUACGACCCUAAUCUUUCUGUGUGGCGAGAAUAAAAAUUCAUAUCUACGGACAGGACUCGGGUUUGUUAUUCCCACUAGACGUAGCGUGCUGUGUGUUAAGUUGGCUUUCUGGAUCGUUCGAAAAAGUGACCGGACACUGCGCGGACUGUGCCAAAUAUCGCCUAAUGCUUAGCUAUUCGAGUUACUAUAUUUAUUUUUUUAAGUAGAUUUAGUUUAUUACGGAACACGGUCCGUAAAUAGUUUGCAGAUACGAUACUUAUAUUAGGUUGUUCUGAAAAUUCAUAACGAAGGUUAGGAAAGAUUUAAAAGGAAUGUAUUCUCGUAAAAUUAGCAUUUUUUAAUAAUAUAUGCACCGUCUCUUUCCAUGACUUUUUGUCCUCUGUAACUUCAUGAAUAUUGUCCUCAAAAACUAUUCGUCUUUUUUGGUAAGGUCAGCGUAAAUAGUUCUUACAAGAUUCUUGGGUAUUUAAUUUUUUGUGUGUCUCUUUCUUAUAGGUUUCGUAAAGAUCACAAUGAAUAAAUGACCAGACUAUUGUAUAUACUAUAUCCAGUAAGUGAAAGAUAUAGAGCUCGUCUCGCUGGGAAAAGGAAAUUGUUUUAUUAACGAGUUUUCUAUGUUUCUCUUCGAUUCUCUUUAGUAGCCAACUUGGAACAGUAUUUGUUCAUUAUUCGAUAGAAGUUCAUAAUAACAGAACUACAAAACUUUCUGAACAACCUACUAGUAACUGGGUAUAAUUAAAUCAUGUUAACAUGUAGAGUGUUGACAGUGUCCGUGAAUUUGAAAAAUUUAUUACAGGCAAAAAGUAGCGUCUGACUUGUAUUGUUAAAGUUAUGAUUUUUCCCGGUCAGAGACAGCCACUUUAACAGACUGUGCGGUGUACUGUUCUCCACUACGACGUCGUUUCGGGCCGGGAUCACACUAACGUUGCAACGACGUCCGUUGUAGAAGUACAUUGUUGUAUGUUGGAGCGACUCACAUUCUCAGCCUGUACGCUUCAAUAUACGACAAUAUAUUUCUGCAACGGACGUCGUUGCAACGCUCGUGUAGCCCUGACCUUACGAAGAAAAUGAACGUGCCAGUCGUUUCGAGAGCUCGUGUUUUGAACAGGCGAAGGCUGGUUAAAGGCAAACAUGAGAAGAACUCGAGAAAAAUUUCUGUGCAACGUGCAAAAUGGAAAUGAAACGAUGCUGUGAUCGAUAAUGAUGCGUAAUCCUGAAAAAAGCACGGUAAGCCACGUGUUGGAACUUUACGUAAAAAAUUAUCGAGAAAGGUAUUUUUCUAAGAAAUUUCAAAUAUCUCCUUUCCGCGUUGGCUGCAAGUAGGAUACGAAUACCAGGCAUGCACUAGUAGCAAAAAGUGUGCAAUAAAUAUGUGUUUCAUAAAACUGAAGAAUUUUCUAAAUAACUCAGCUUAGAAUUGAGGUUAGGUUAUAUCAAGUAUCCUAAUACUUAUGAACAGAUGUAUACGUAAUACGAAAAACUUAAAAAUCUGGUGCAGAUGCCAACGACCAAUUACCAUGACAUUAACAAACCAAAACCCUGCCCAGUUAACACAGUAUUUCCACGUCUUUUCAACCUUACUUCCACGAAUAAACCAUUCUUUAUUCCAUUGUACAGUUUUGUUUCCAUUUUGCGUAAGAAUCGAUAGUAACCAGUGGGGCAAGAUUUAUCAGAGUCUUAUCCCCGCAAUCUUCGGUGAAACGGGUAACAAACACCAAUUCUAUGGCCACUGUUCCGGGAUGUCUGUAACGUAUUCGCUGUGAGUUUCGAGUAAGGGGCGCGUGCCAACCGUUUUUAUCGGGCACAGGGCACGCGUCGAACAAACAGGGGUUCCCGAUACAAUGGUUCGCAUCUGCAGGGGUGGCCCAGUGCAAGGGGCACGUUUCUAGGGGUUUUGAAAGGGGAGCGGAGAGAGGGUGAAGCCAUGGCAAACCGUCACCCUCGCAGCAGUCUCUACUGCAACAAGGGACUGCUACGAUUUGGACGUGGUUAGUCGAUACCCAUCGACGCCAGUCAACGGUCUUCCUACAUUUCUAACUACCGUACUCUGAAACGAGGAAAGAAUCGUCUUUUGGGGGAAGGAGAAGAAUCUGGAUGGACAAAAGGACCAUUAGCUCGAAGGGGAAACAUCUCUGAUCUAGGGAGGAAGAGAAAAGCAGCAGAAGCUUAAGACCGAGAGCAGGAAUUUAUUUUUGACUACCGUUAAUUCUGUGCCACAAAGAAAGUGUUAUCGCGUGAAGUCGUUCGUGAAAGGUCGUUAGUGGAUCGAUGGUGAAGUUGUUUCGUGGUUUCGUUGUGUCUCAGUAAGAAUGAAAAGAUAUUCGUCGGCUCCGUGUUUGGCAGAUAGAAACAACGAUAGCAAGAAGGCCAAACCGAUGAAGGAGCCGAAUGCCAAAGAGUAUCUGCAGUUGGCGCUGGCCAGAAUCUUGGAACUGCAACGAGAGAUCAAAGAUGGAACGUAUACAACGGACUAUACCAGCGAUCUCGGUGUGUCCAGCAGCGAGGAAGACCUGACAAAUGAAGUUCUUCGCAAAGUGUUCGAGAAUCUUCCCGGGACACCCGACUCUGUUGAAACAAUCAUGAACAGAGUGACUAACAGCAAAUUAAAUAAGCCUCAAUUAGACGCGAUUCACGGUAAAAGGAUUCAACUGUUGGGUUAUGACACCUGUCGUAGAGCUACAGUGGGGUUCAUGAAGAAUGUUCUUCGCGAGACAAAAUGGGAUGUAAACUCGAAGUCGUCUCAAUCGAAUUACUCUGGCUUUCGAUUGGGGAUUUAUUCGAGAAACGAGCCGAGAGUGGCGCAUUGUAGAACUGGUUUAUGGAAAAGUACGUCGUCUCACGACCAGGAGAUUCAAGACAGAAUGCUGAGAAGCUUGGACCUGCAUUUAGCGAGUAAACAAAGAGAUUAUACUGUCAAAUUGAUGAGGUCGGGCGUUUAAAAUGGAUACUGACGGGAUUUUAUUGAUUCUCGUCGUUUCUCAUUGAAACGAUGGUGAAACUUUUUGGAAUAUUUGUAUUUUUGCUGAUGUUUUAAGAUCUAUGGUUAAGACUUUGUCUAAGCUUCCAUCAGGGUCUUGAAUAGUAAACUGCGAAUAUUUAUACAAAUUCAUAUUUUUAUGGAUGCCGGUAAAGAAAUGCAACCUAAGCAGAAACUUGCUUUACUAAAUAUUCUAACGACUACUCUAUUUUACAUACUUUAUAUAUUUCUGCAUAUUACGUACGUUCAUAAGUUUCUCAUAAAUGCAUGUUCGCAGUUUACUUCAUAACCACUUUUUAUCUAGUCAAACUUAUUCAAAGCUGUACCUGUUUCUAUUGAAUCAUUCUAGUCAUACACACGAGUCAUCGAAUGUUAAUUGCGGAAGUUAUGUUAGGGAAAUCACGAUGUGAAUUAUUUUCAUAUAUUAACUAUAUGUACCCGUAAAUGUAUUUGCAUUAUAAAUUAACUGGUAUUUAAUUAUGCUAAAAUUGAUUAUCGCAUAGAUGAUAAUUUACGAUGAGUCAUACGAAGAUUGAUCGAGGAAUGUAGAGGUACCACGAUAUUUUGUAAAAAACGUUUAUUCGUAAUAUACAAUUAAAAAACAAACAAACAAAGGAGUUUAAAAGGUAUUAAUACGACUUAACAUUUAGAACGCUCUAUAAUUUUUUAUUUCGACGCCCGCAUAGCAAAAGAGAAAAGAAAGAACGCCAGAAUGUUCAGCAAUGAAUGGACUAGAUAACUUGUGCCAUUUGUUACGCGCGAAUCAAAGACAAAUAAUCGCUUGCUUGACUUGUAUAAAAAAUUAAUUUGCUCUCUGUCGUACUUAAUUCAUCUCAGAAUAAAUUAAUUUCGUAAGGCUUAUUUAUUUUUUAUUCUAUUCACAUUUUGCGAAUCCUCGAACUUGUCUUGGAUAAAUAGAUUGCUCGAAGAUUUCCACGUGAUGCCUAAUAAAAUAUUAUGCACAUUUAUGCGGUCUACGAGAUAGAAUCUAACCCUAAGUGAAACGUAACAGUGUAUCGACGGAAGAAGGCGCCAUUCGAUAUCGAUUCUUUUCUUUCUUAAUCUCUGUUGAUCUGAACCUCUGUUGAUUAUUUCUCGCGCUUUCCUUCGUAGAGAAAAAUACUUUGCUCGAAUGCUACUUUGACAUUUCUUAAACGAGAGCGUAGCACAGUAUAUCGCUGAUUCUGUGCGUAAAAAUAUACAUUUAUCGUUCGAACACUCAUACACACUCGAAAAAUACAAUAUUCGUUAUUUCCUUGUUAACAAUGAUAUCAGGUCCGUUUUAUAGUCAAACUUUAUAUAACGCUACGGUACAGUAUCCUUCAAUUGUACUUUACAGUAAUAAAAAUCCUAAUAUCGUCCAAAUCUCAAGGCUUACGAUCGUUGUGCUAGGAACUAAGCAAACGAAAAUACAUAAAUCUAAAAUUCUAUCACCUAUAAAUAGUACAAUACUAAAAAGGCUGUCUUUCGUAUGUUCGUUGUAUAUAUUAUGUCAAUAUUUUGAAAUAGAAUUUAAUACGAGAGACAUGUUUCGCAAGAUUGCCUGUCUUUCUGCGUUUCACAAUGUACAAUUAAGAUAUUUGUUGCGAUAGUCGUCUGUGACAUAUUACACAGCUAAUAUAACAUUUGACU